AUGCCUGUAGGAGCAGAGAGCACCGGAGAGCAUGGGCGAGAUAGAGACCGGAGGGAGGAUGGGGAGGAGGGAGAGGGACUCCCACCGCCAGCGAUUGCCUCUGACGAGCGCACGUCUAAGAAGUCAAAAUCCAAGAUUCGGGGCAAGACCGCCUCCCGGAAGGUGUCUGGUCCACUAGGGCGAGCGCUUACCGGGCAGCGAGCGAGUACCAGCGCGGGAGGGGGAAACAAAAAAGUGACCAAGUUCGAACAUUCCGAAGGGGAGAAGAAACCAUUCCGAGUCCGACUUCAUGAGUUCCUCAAGGUCAUCUCCACUGCUGUAUCUCUUUCCGACAGCCCGAUCGAACCGACUGUCGAGAGCACGGAGGCGAGCAGCUAUAGGGCGAACAUCCAGAGGAGGGAGAGCGACUGGGGGAUAGAAGAAGACCCUUCUGCCCCACCGGCAGAGGUGAACGAAGUCGUCGUAGACGCCGAGUGGGAUAUGGACAAGUGGGCAGAUAUGUCCACUACGGGAAUGUCUGAGAGCGCUGGGGCACCCGCAGGCUUGGAGAACGGAUCUGCCGCUCCUGGGCAGGCUCAUGCAGCCCGCGCACUGGGCAACCCUCCAGACGCUCGCUCACAAGCUGGGUUUACGAAUGCCAACUCGUCAGGUAUUCGAGAGCUCUGGGGGCUCACGACCAUCCUCCGCUGGAGACUCUACCCACGCAUCGUCAGGUUCUUCGAUUUGAGCUUCUACGACGCCCAGUCGGAGGACAAGUACCGCAAGGACGUAUGGUUCACGCAGAAGACACUCGCCGCUAUCACCGCGUGCUUUUACUUGCUUAUCACGAUCCUCAACUGCACCCUGGUGGGACAGCCAUUCACAGAAUUCAAUCAUAUCGGCGACAUCGGCGGCGGACUUGUUUUCUCCAUCCCUGUACUCUUCCUAGUAUUGUUCAACGUCCCGCGCAUGAAGUUGAGGUACUCCUGGCCGUACCAGGUCAUACUCAUGAUCGCCACCUGGCAGUGGGCGUGGUACAACGUCUUCGACCAGUGGAACUGCGGGUUCUUCAUCUCCAGAUCAAACAACGCCUGUGGACAGAAAGACUUCCAACUGACACCUUUCUACAGCGCUGCGCUGCCUUUCCUGGCACUAUUUGCUUUGGGGCAGAACAGACUUUUUGGGGCGAUUGCAUUCAUUGCCUGGGAAAUUGUCAGCUCUGUGCUUAUCAUUCCUGUUUACAACUCUUGGACCCGCAACACAGUCAAUAGCACCAUCUGGCACAUCCUCCUCCUAUACGUCCACUUCACGCUCGAAACCGCCGAGCGUCGCUCCUUCACCCUCCGCGAGCAACUCAAAGACCAAUGCAAGGCUACACAAAAGGCGCAAGUGAAUGAGCGCAAAGAGAGCGACAGCAAGAAACGGUUCGUGAGCUAUAUAUUCCACGAGGUUCGCGUGCCUCUCAAUACGGCUUUGCUCGCUUCCCAGAACCUGAUCGGCUCGGGCGCCAUUAAGAAAGAGGAGGAUGUCGAGUUCCAAGCGCUGGAAGGCAGCCUCAAGAUGAUGUCCAAAGUCCUGAAUGACGUCCUGGAUUUCAAUCGUAUGGACUCGGGCCGCUUCGUCACUGUCUCUAAACCAUACUGUUUCCACGGUGCGAUCAGGAGCAUGCUUCUCCCCCUCGAGCUGAGCGCCAAAUCCCGCGGUCUGACACUGACGAUGCGGCUCGAUCCGAAAAUCGACGAUAUCGCGAAUCGUACGGCUUACGGCGAUACAGAGCAGGAUGUGCAGGCUGUCAAGGACGGAUGGGUGUUGGGUGACGAGAUGCGCCUCCGGCAGCUGGUGACGAACCUCACUAGUAACGCUUGCAAGUUCACGAGCGAGGGUGGGCGGGUGCAUGUCGAGACUAGGCUAAUCAUGCCACUUUCGAGGGAGGAAGUGGCACCUUUGCCAGUGUUGCUCGAGGUCGACCCUGAGACGAGCGAUACCGAGGCUGUACCAUCUUCUUCUCCUGCUGAGGAACGACAACAGCAUCCGCUCCAGCUUAUGGAAUCCAUCACAGAAGGCGCGAACGGAUUGAAUAGAGCCACGCAGUCUAUACAUAACCAUCACCAUUACCAUUUGCUAGGUCACGCCGGUGGUCCGGCGCUCUACACUCCUGCGAGCGGGAGAAGCUCUAUCCAUAGCGGCACGCAUGGUCAGCCGCAUAAAACGGGCAUCGUCGUGCGUAUCGAGGUGCGGGAUACUGGCGUGGGGAUCAAACCGAGGGAUCUGGUCGACAACCGGUUGUUCAGUCCAUAUGUGCAGACCGAAAUUGGCAGGUUCCAAGGCGGCAAAGGCACUGGUCUCGGUCUUGCUCUGGUGAGGAAUAUCGUCAAGCUCUCCGGAGGUCGGCUAGGGGUCAAAUCCAAGGUCGGACAGGGCAGUACUUUUUGGGUCGAGCUUGCCCUUGGGGUAGGGCCGCACGCUGUCAAGGCCCGUGAUGCGGUGCCUGUGAGGUGGGACCGGUCGCCUGCUGCUGUGCCACCGAUUACGAGCAUCGAUUUUGCUAACUCGCCCGUUGCGCCGCUUGACACGCCGUUGAUGAGCUCACUUACUCCGCCCCUGCCAAACGAGCCCAGCAUGCCGCUCAAACCGCUUGGCGCAGACGUUCACGCAUUCUUGGAUCCUCUCACGGAGAAGGUCGUCGUCCCGCCCAAAGUACAAGGGCCGGAGAUGGAGACACCCACGGCUGUGAACGGUACCGACGCACACGAACCACCGGCAACUGUGACGGUGCAGCAGGUUACAGAGCCGCCGCAAGAUGCACAGGAGCGGCCUCUGCCAAUCCUGGUCGUGGACGACGACGUGCUCACGCGGAGACUCAUGUCCCGUAUGCUGACGCGUAUCGGUUGUACAGUUGAGUUGGCCGAAAAUGGGCUCGUGGCGCUGGAUUAUCUUAUCGGACCUGGUGCGCAUACGCAAGCUGUCACACCUCGAAGAUUGCCCUCUUCUACCACUCCGAGUGCGCUAGUGACUCCUUCGUCCGACCAUACCACGGAGCCGAUCAUGAUCGACGAGCACAAAUAUGCGGUCGUUUUUCUCGAUAACCAAAUGCCGCUGUAUUCUGGAGUGCAGGUUGUGGAGCAUCUUCGACUAUUGGGACGGACAACCUUUGUUGUCGGAGUGACGGGCAACGCCCUGCAAGAGGAUCAGAAAGAGUAUCUCGAAGCGGGAGUAGACAAAAUCCUAACAAAACCGGUCCUGGAAAAGGAUCUCCGGAACGUCGUCGCCAUUGCGCGAGAGCGACAUCGACAGCUUAAAGGGGGCGUCGAUCCGGAUCGAGGUCCAACAGGCCCAUCCAAUCCUCCGCCCUCAUAG